AUGAAAUAUAUUGUCUUAUUAGUUUGCUUUGUAGGCUUGCUCAAGAUUGCCAGUGCUACUUAUGGAGUUGAUGUCUCCUCCGCUGGAGAUGAGAGCACCUUCCAAUGUCUCGCUCAAAAUGGAUACAGUUUUGUUGUUGUCCGUUGUUGGGAGUCCAUCAAUCAGACCGAUCCAGACUGUCCAGGCACCAUCCAGGCUGCCCAAGCUGCUGGUCUCACUGCUGAUGCUUACAUUUUCCCAUGCUCUUCAUGUGGUGAUGGAGCUGGCCAAGUUGUCGAUAUGAUGAGCUACCUUAGCGAGAAUGGAGUAUCUGUUGGAAUGGUCUGGUUCGAUAUCGAGGGUCCAGGCACGUACUGGGGCUCAGACUAUGGCGCCAACCAAGACUUCUUCAACGACAUGCUUUCCGGUGCCAACUCUGUUGGUGCCAAGGUAGGCAUCUACACCUCGGCCUCGCAGUGGGAGCCAAUCUUUGGCGACUGGUCUGGUGGCUCUGCAUACCCACUGUGGUACGCCAACUACGAUGGCAACGCCAACUUUGACGACUUCUCCCCAUUCGGAGGCUGGAGCUCGCCAUCCUGGAAGCAAUACAACGGUGACGUAACCGUCUGUGGCUACGACAUUGACCAGGACUGGUGUCCAGGCGGUACCUCUGGCGACCCCUCCUCAUCCGGUGGCAGCAGCUCGAGCUCUGGUUCCGGUUCUGGCUCUGGCAGCACCACCAGCGGCAGCGGCAGUGGCAGCUCAUCCGGUGGCAGCUCAUCAGGUGGUUCGACCAGCGGCAGCUCCUCAGGUUCAUCCUCAGGCAGCUCAUCUGGAAGCACCUCCUCAGGUCUCUCAAGGGCACUCUAA